AUGCCAUCCCUACACAUUCAACCCACACGGAGAUGGUAUCUAAUCGCCUUUCCUCUCCUCUCCCAAUCCGUAUCGAAAAAUUCUGCCACGUCAGAUACCCUUACUACAUUACAGACUCGCGCGGAAUCUCUUUUACAAGAAGAAAACACAUUGUAUGAAAAAACCAGCACAUUGUCCGCCUCUGAUCGCUCGUUCUAUUCAUCCAUGUUAAAAUCAGGGACCUUAAAAGAUAAAAUCUCGACAUUGUCCGUUUUAAUAGAUGAAUCUGCAGUUCAUACCGUUAAAUCUUUAGACAUGUUAAUGGGAAUGGUGAGGAAAAAGAGUCGGCAUGAGGCCUUAUUGGCGCUAGAGAGUAUGAAGAAUUUGAUGAUCGAGACUUUGUUACCGGAUAGGAAAUUAAAGUACUUUCGUGAUCAGCCUCUUGGCGAUCCCAAGGUAACAUCGUCGCAUUUAAUAAUUUGGGCUUUUGAGAACCAUCUCAAGACGUGCUAUUUCGAGAUGAUUCGCGUUAUAGAGGCUCUUUCACAUGACGUGUUGGUACAUGUUCGUCAGCAAAUGCUCGAAUUUAUAUUUGAACUGUUGAGAGAGAAACCCGAACAAGAACAGAAUCUCCUCAAGUUAUUUAUCAAUAAACUGGGCGAUCAGGAUAAGAAAAUUGCGUCAAAGACGCAAUUCCUGGUUCAGAAAUUGCUAGAAGUUCACCCAAACAUGAAAAUAUUUGUUGUGCGCGAGAUAGAACAAUUGAUCCUUCUUCCAAAUGCUAAUGUACAUGCCCAAUAUUACGGGAUUUUGUCAUUGAGUCAGAUGAUUCUAAGCAAAAAGGAAGUCGAUGUAGCCAACAAGCUGAUUGAUAUUUACUUUGCAAUGUUUCGAAAGCUAUUGGAAGAGUCAUUGAAUUCAAAGAUACUUGCUGCUGUAUUGACUGGUGUCAAUCGCGCGUUUUCGUUUGCAAAAAUUGACGAUAAAUUAUACGACAAAAACAUUGAUACGCUUUUUCGAAUCACGUACAGCGGAACUUUCAACAUAAGCAUUCAAGCGCUUAUAUUGAUAUUUCACAUAAGUUCUGUUAAAGAGUCAGUAACAGAUCGUUUUUACCGCACGUUAUACGAAUCGCUACUAGACCCACGUUUAAUAACAACAUCGAAACAAGCAAUGUAUAUGAAUCUACUCUUCAAGGCACUCAAGGCUGACAAGUUAUUAGCAAGAGUGAAGGCCUUUGUAAAAAGAAUAGUACAAACAGCAGCUCAUCAUGAACCGCCGUUUAUUUGUGGUGUAUUUAUAUCAUUGACAAAGCUUAUUCACGAAAAGCCGGGUUUAAAAGCAAUGAUACUUGAACCAGAGAGUUGUGAUGACCAUGAUACUGUGUCGGACUCGAAAAGUAAAAAAUCAAAGAAACGAACUACGACCGAUGUAAGCAAGUCAACCGUCCCCUCUGACUCGUCUUCUUUGAAAUACGACCCUCAUAAAAGGGCUCCUCAGUAUAGUAACGCGGACAAAACGUGUCUUUGGGAAUUAUGCCCGUUCAUAGACCACUUUCAUCCAUCUGUAUCUCUAUACGCAACACAACUUUUAGACGGAAUUCAAAAUACUGCCGAGCCGGAUCUUCAACUUCACACGCUAUCACAUUUCUUGGAGAGAUUCGUCUACCGCAAUCCUAAAAAGAAGGACGUGAAAGAGACAACUUCGAUUACGAGGAAAGCACCAACAAAUUCGAGUAUGAAUGUCAAUGUUAAUUCAGAAGAAUUCUGGAGAAAAAAGAUUGAAGACGUGCCUGUCGACCAGAUAUUUUUCCAUAAAUACUUUACACAUAAGUUGUCGUCUGAAGGAGCAACUCGAAAGAAGAAGGAUCGAAAAGGCGCGGAUAAUAAUAAAGAAACAGAUUCGGAGGAAGAAGAAGAAAUAUGGCGGGCUAUUGUUGCUGACAGACCUGAAGUAGAUGUUGACGUCGAUGAUGACGAGGAUGAAGAUGAUUUGGAGGAUAUGGAUAUGGACUUUAGUGACGAUAAUAGCGAAGAUGAAAAUAUUGUAAAUCUUGAGGAUAACGAGGGUAGUGAGAAAGAUAUUAACGAUGAAGGUGAUGAGGAAGAUGAUAAUAAUGAAGGUGAUGCAGAUGAAGUUGAUGAAGCUGAGGUCGAUGAAGAUGAUGAAAAUGAAGAUAAAAUCGAUGUUGGAGUUAGCAGCAAAUUUACAAAGGAUAAGCGUGCAAAGAUAAAAGUGGACGCUGCUGAAUCACAAUCUAAUUAUGCAAAAGGUAAAAGCAAGAACAAACGACAAAAGUUGAAACAUCUGCCUACAUUUGCUAGCUUUGACGAUUAUGCGAGCAUGCUUGAUGAUUAG